AUGGAUCUCCUCUCCACAGUUCGCAAAACCGGCUCCCGCGGCGGCGUCAACUUCUCCUGGGACGAAGUAGCCACCUCGGCCCACAGAGAAAAUUACCUAGGCCACUCCCUCAAAGCCCCCGUGGGCCGUUGGGCCAAAGGCAGAGACCUCAACUGGUACGCCAAAGCCGACGCCACCGCCGCCGACUCGAACGAGACAGAGGAAGAGAGAGCAGCCCGCGAGCGCCGCGAUGAGAUUCGCAAGAUCAAGGAGGCCGAGGAGGACGCGAUUGCGCUGGCUCUAGGGCUACCUCCCCCGGUGAGGAAUGCCAGCGGGGCGAACGCGGUGGAGGUACCGGCAGAUGGACCAUCGGCGAGGGUAGUCAAGGGGCCUGCGAGAGCACCUAUGUAUGAGGAGGAGGAGGAGGAGGAGGAUAAGAAGGGGUCAGAGGCGCCGCGAGACAAGGGUGACAGGGAACACAGACAUCGGCACCGGCAUCGCGAUAGAAACGAGGACUCGGAAAGACGACACAGGAGGAGACACAGGAGCCGGGAUGGUCAUCGUGAUCGCAGUCGCAGCAGGGAACGAAGACGGGACAGGCCAGACGGGGAAGACAGAGAGCGAAGACACCGCUGGAGGAGUCGCAGCCCAGAACGCGACGAUGAUCGACACAGCCGCAGCCACAGAUCAAGACAAGACGACAAUGAUGGGCCUAGAUUCACCCGCGAAUCCGGCCAGCGCAGACACCGGAGUAGAAGUCGAAGUCGGAGCAGAUAUAGGCACGAAAGGUCCAGGCACCACGAUCGCCGGCGCAGCAGAAGUCGGGGCCGGCGCUGA